UGCCAAGGUUCCGCGCUAAUGAAUGACUAAGCACUCCAUGGCAUGCAGCCCCACUUUCCUGCGUUAGCGUCGAGUUGGCCUCAUCAUUCCAUGCGACUUCAACAACUGCCACGGGUCUUUCGCGAUCGUAGACGACCAGCUUAGGUUGUUAACCGUCGCCGUCCGGCCUCCAGUUGAUGCGCAAAAUGCGCUGGCGUGCGCCCUAGCUUCUCUCCACAACCGCCGCGGACUUCGCCGAAGAAGAUGAUGGUUAUCAGUGCUCUCUUCGUGGUCGCAGCGUCGCUGGCGCAAGCACUGGCGGCCGGCCACGAGAACUCGCUCCCGGCGUACCACUAUGGCGCGCCGAUCCGCGUCGAGUGCAUGAACCGGAGCUCCGAAACGGGCGAACACAUCGAAAACGCGGCGCACGAGAUCCAAUGGGUCCCCUUCCCAGUCUGCAACGAGACCAACAAGCCGCUCGAGUUCCACUACGGCAUCGAGGGCGAGCAGAACUGCACCAUCGCCAUGGUCAGCGACCCCUUCUUCCACCUGCUCGAGUUCUACAUCCACAGCGACGCCCCGCUGUCCUGCCGCCUCCCGGCACGCCCGCCACCGCACGUCGAGGUGGUCGGCGAAGACGCGCCUAAACAGGAGUACAUCCCACUCGUGUUCGCGCUGGCCGGCACGCUGCAGCUGAGCCACAUGCACAUCAGCACCCACCUGAAUGUGCUGCUGCACAGCACGCCGAAACAUCACAUCCACCGCCACGACAGCGGCGUGCUCGACAGCGCCACCGCCUAUAGCACCAGCCCGCUCACCCACAUGGAGGGCAGCGCGACGCGCCGGCUCGUCAUUGGCGAUCCGCUGCCCCUCAGCUUCAGCGUACGCUGGUUCCCGACGCCCGCCCUGCCCAAGAUCGACGGCAAGGUCGAGUGGUCCGGCAUGGGCGGCCACAUCUACGCGAGCACCGUGUUUUACAGUCUGGUGUCGUUCUGCGCCGGCGCGGUCGUGUCGGCGGCGUACUUCUUCGGGUCGGUGCUGCCGAGGCGGCUCAACGGGAGGCGCUUGGGUGGUGCGACCCCGCUCGGGUAUGGGCUGCAUGGUGUCGGCAAUGGGUGGGGAUAUCAGAAACGGGCGGUCGACUAGGGGAUACAGAGGUGCAGUGUAAAAUUAAAUG